AUGCUUACCCGUCGAGCCUUUCUCCUCCUUCUCCUCCUCUUCCUCACCGUCUCAACCACUGCCGGCACUAGGAUUCCUUUGACUCACACCAACAGCCCGACGACCCGCCGCCACCUGGCGACUGAACCCCGUGUGCCUGUGACCACCAUCAUCCUCCACUCAUUAUACUAUGUGACCCUCGGCGUGGGCACCCCACCGCAGAGCCAACCCUUGUUCAUCGACACGGGCAGCAAUCUCCUGUGGUUCGAGUGCGAGCCCUGCCCGGAAACCAACUCCGACUGUUUCCCCACGCCCUCGCUCAAUCCGAUAUUCGACCGGACCAUAUCCACUUCUUUAGUCCCCGUUCCUUGCGUCGGCUCAGACGACCCCAAAGCCAUGUUCUGCAGCUACGAGAAUAGCCUCUGCUGCAAUGACGCUGCAGGGGUUUGCACGUACGACUACAGGUACUUUGAUGGGUCCAACACUCAAGGAACCAUUGCCCUCGAGAAUGUCACAGUUGGGGACUCGGUUGUCCCCGGGGUUCCCGUGGGAUGCGCGAUUGCGGCUAAUAACUUCACAACCCCUGCGAACGGGAUUCUGGGCCUGGGUGGUGGGUACCUCUCGCUGGCGAGCCAGUCCAGCGGGACGCUAGGCGGGGCCUUCAGCUACUGUCUCAGCCGCAAUGGAUGGUUGGAAUUCGGGCGGUCGAAUUUCUCCACCGAUGCCCAAUGGACUCCUAUGCUUCACAACCUCAAGCACCCAAGCUACUACUACAUCGGCCUCAUAGGCCUCGCGGUCGACGGGGUACGGGUGGACGGCAUAGACGAGAUGAUUUUUAAGAUGACAGACGAGGGAGAUGGAGGGGUGAUAGUGGACACAGGGACGACGGUCACGACAUUACCUGCGGAAGCCUACAAUAAGCUCCGGGAUGCGUUCAAGAAGGCGAUGGGGAACGUGUCGACCCAGCCGGGUUCCGACACAUGUUAUCAGCUUGAAGGGACGGAGAGGAUACCGAAUAUCACACUUUUCUUUUCUGAUGGGCCGAGAACGAGCAGCUUGACGAACAAGAGACCUCUGUACGGUUUGGACAUUUACGCAUGCUUGGCAUUUGCUGCAAUGGAAUCGAAUAAGGGUCAAAGCGUAAUCGGCAACAUUGUGCAACAAGGCACACGAAUCACUAUCGACAAGGAAAACGAGUAUUUUGGGUUCGGGCCGGACCGUUGUGAUGACUGGUGA